UCCGGGUUGGUAGCGUGGAGCUGAAACCGGAGCCGAGCAGAGAGGAGGUCGCUGGAGCAGUUGGUCCGAAAAAAGUUACUCAAACUCGCAGGAGAACCGACUCAUCCGGCGCCGUUUACAUGGUGACAAACUCCGGACUCCGAGGUAUUUAGUCGUCGGUGUGAAAAAGUCGCCGGGAGGAGGAAAAAACCCAAACAACGUUUAAAGCCGCUCGCUGACUUCUGCAUGGUCGCUAGCUAGCUAACCGUUAGCCUGCAGGAGCUACUUCGGCUAGCUGGCUUAGCUGGCGAGGUCCAGCCCGAGAGAGAGAGAGAGAGAGAGAAAAAAGUUGUUUACCUCGACUUGUGGAUGUGGUCACCCCCCGAGCUUUUCACGACUUUUCUCUAGGGUAAGAGAGCCAGGACCAAAGAUUCACACUGGAUUCAACACUCGGCGCUGUUAGGAAACUAGCAGGAUGUCCGCAGACGUUGAGAGCAGUCAGGUCGACUCGGGUUUGACAGCGGCCAGCUCCGGCGACCAAAACAAGUCCGAGGGCCGGGAGAAGGAGGAACCGGGGCAGAAGGGCUCCGAGAAGCCGCCGGGGGACGGCCAGGGCUCCGAGGCGGCCAGAAGCCCCGCGGACACGCACAAGAAUUGCAAAGAAAACGAUAAAGAGAACGACCAAAGCGCUGACUCGGCGGUGCAGGCGGUGAAGAGGAAAGUUGUCGAAGCUCCGCCGCCGAAAGUGAACCCGUGGACGAAGAGGACGACGGGCAGAGUCCCGGUGAACAGCAUCAGCAGCUCCCAGGAGAAAGAUCAGCAAAAUGCUCUGAAAGUGGUGCGAGCCAGCAAACCCAGAACGAGAAAAUCCAGCAAGUCGAGCGACUUCAGCGACAUCACGAACUGGCCCACGCCUGGAGAGCUGGCCAAAGAGGUACGAGAAGUGGUCGCACGUCAGCAGCAAAAUGUCCUCAACAACCACGGGAAGAAGCCUCCGUCUUCGCGUCGGGAGAAGGAUAAGAGACGAGAGCGACCGGACAGGAAGUCGGAGAGCAGCCAUGACGGCGGCGAGAGCAAAGAGAACCAGGAGGCUCAGCCGGACCCACUGGCAGAUCUGCCCAGAGACGGAGAGUCCAAGGCGGCUCACGACGCCAAGAGCGCCAGCCUGAAGAAGAGAGGAGGUGAGGGUAACAAACGUAAGUGGGUUUCUCUGCCGCUGGAGGAAGCGUCCCGGGACGACGGAGACAAGACGCCCGGCGGGGACACCAACAGCGACUCGCCCGACCCCACGUCGCCCAAUCAAACGCUCCAUAAUAACCGAGCGCAUGAUAGCAGCAGGAGUUGGAGAAGAGAACCGCGGGAUUAUGGCGACGAUGCUUCCAGCGUCCGGAGCGACGGCGGCAGCGUUCGUGGAGGAAUUCGAGGUCGAGGAAAAGGUCGCGGACGUGGGAGAGGACGUGGACGAGGUCGGUACGAAUAUUCUCUGAGCUUCCGGGACUCCCAGUCCUCCGACGGUUCUGUUCAGGUUCCCUCAGAGUUCGGCACCAACAUGGUUUAUUACUACGAUGACGGCAACAAGGUCCAGAUGUACACAGUGGAUGAGAAGCUCCUCAAGGAAUACAUCAAACGGCAAAUUGAAUACUACUUCAGCCUCCACAACCUGGAGCGAGACUUCUUCUUGAGGAGAAAAAUGGAUGCACAAGGCUUCCUCCCCAUCUCCCUCAUCGCCAGCUUCCACAGAGUGCAGGCUCUGACCACUGAUAUCAACCUCAUCAUGGAGGCCCUGAAGAGCAGCACAGAAGUGGAGCUGGUGGACGACCGGGUUCGCUGUAAAUCAGAACCCGAGCGUUGGCCCAUCCUCCCCGCCCCGACUGUCGUGGGUUCCCCUCGUACCGACUUCUCCCAGCUCAUUAACUGUCCUGAGUUUGUUCCUCGGCAGACCCUCAAUUCCGCUUCAUCGCCUAUAAAGGAAACCCUUCUCGAGUCGGCGAAGCCUCAGAACUCGGCUGGACCCUCCUCCUCCUCCUCCUCCAGCCUCCCGGCAGCAGACGACUCCAAAGACGCCCCGAAGCCUGACCCCGACGCCUGGAUCCAGGUGGAGAAACGCCACCGGUAUCCUUCCGGAAAGGCAAAGCUUGUCAGUGAUGAUGUUUGUGUUGUCGGUUCUCCUCCUCUUCCUCCUCCUUCCUCCUCAUCGCCUCAACCUGACCAGAUUCCCUCUCCAGGAGACAACAAACCUCCUCCACUCAGCCUCCAGGCUCCUCCGCAGGCCUCCGAGCCCGACCAGGAGGAGCUGGACUUCAUGUUCGACGAGGAGAUGGAGCAGAUGGCGCCCAGGAAGAACAAGUUCACCGACUGGUCGGACGAGGACGACUCGGACUAUGAGCUGGACGACCAGGACGUCAACAAGAUCCUCAUCGUCACCCAGACUCCGCCGUACCUCCGCAAGCACCCCGGUGGCGACCGGACGGGCAACCACGAGUCCCGGGCCAAGAUCACCACCGACCUGGCCAAAGCCAUCAACGACGGGCUGUACUACUACGAACAGGACCUGUGGAAGGGCGAGGAGCAGGUCGAGGUCAGCAAGCAGGAAGUGGAAAACUUCAAGAAGCUGAACGUCAUCAGUAAAGAUGAGUUCGACACUCUCACCCCCAAAGCGCCCGUCGACCCCAACCAGGAAGUCCCGCCUCCUCCGAUGCCAGCGGACAGUGGAGUAGAAAUGGCUCGUUCUCUGCCUACGUCGGUCCCUGAGUCGCCCAGCACCCACCAACCCAGAACCCCCAGAACGCCUCGGACGCCCGGACGCCAGGACCCCAACAAGACGCCCCGGUUCUACCCCGUCAUGAAGGAGAGCGGUACCAUCGACGGACAGAUGCCGAGAAAGAAGAAAACCCGACACAGUUCGAACCCUCCUCACGAAGCCCACAUCGGCUGGGUGAUGGACUCCCGUGAACACCGACCGCGCUCUGCCUCCAUCAGCAGCUCCAACGCCUCCCCAUCAGAAGGAGCGCCGCUGUCAGGUAAUUACGGCUGCACCCCCCAGUCUCUGCCCAAAUUCUGGCAUCCAUCCCAUGAGCUGCUGAGGGACAGCGGCUUCACCCAGCAGGGAUACCACAAGUACCGCCGACGGUGCCUUAACGAGAGGAAACGGUUGGGGAUUGGCCAGUCUCAGGAGAUGAACACCCUCUUCAGGUUCUGGUCCUUCUUCCUCAGGGACAACUUCAACAGGAAGAUGUAUGAGGAGUUCAAGCAGUAUGCGCUGGAAGACGCCAAAGAAAAUUACAGGUACGGUCUGGAGUGUCUCUUCAGAUACUACAGCUACGGUUUGGAGAAGAGAUUCAGGUUAGAUCUGUUCAAGGACUUUCAAGAAGAGACCCUCAGGGACUUUGAGAAAGGUCAGUUGUACGGACUGGAGAAGUUCUGGGCCUUCCUGAAAUACUCAAAGAUCAAGAACCAGCCCAUCGACCCUAAGCUGCAGGAACACCUCUCCCAGUUCAAGAACCUGGAGGACUUCAGGGUGGUGCCUCCGAUGGGAGAGGAGGGAGGCAGGAGGAGACGUCACUCGUCCUCGGCUGGGGAUGAAGGGAGGCGUCGGCGACAUCCUUCCAACUCUACCUCAAAGCCCACGCAGGCCAACAAAUCCUCCAACACGGCUGCUCAGCCCACCUCCUCCUCCUCCACCUCCUCCUCCAACGCUACGACGCCCAAAGACAACGCCCAGAAAACAGCAGCCGCUCCAUCCCAGGGGAAGCAGAGCGACAGCAAGGCUGGGAAGAAGGAGAGCGUCGCCCCCAACAAAUGAAGCUCCUCCUGCUGGAAGUGGGUUUGGAUGAAGAGAAGCAGAGCGAGGCGGCGCUCAGCUCAGCGCUCAGAGGCCGAGCGUGGUCGACUUAAUACCAUUGUUUUUAUCAUUUCAUUUUAAAAAGCAAGCAGGCAAGCAUAGGCAGCGAGCUCGAAUGUGUUCGCCUGACAGCUCACAACGUUUACAGUAAAAAAUGCAUUCCCUGCAUUUUGCCUUUUUAUCCUCUCAGAUGCCAAAACUCUUCACCGUCGAUCGCUACAAUCUGUAAGAAAAACCAACGAUGCUCGGGUCCGUGAAGAGCCGUUCAACUGUGAUUCUAGUUUGCCAAGAUAAAGAGUCUUGUGUGCCUUAAUCUGAUCCACCAGGACGGCAGGAGAAAUGUCUGCUCUUUUAUUAAAAAGUCUUCCUACUAAUCGAUCAUUCGGAGCUUGAAUGUGUUUAAAAACUGACACCAGGUUUUAGUUCUCUCCUCGGCUUCCGUUUUUUUUCUCUGUUUUUUUUUUCACAGUGACAAUCAAGCAGUCAUAAAUUUAGUGAAGGAGCAACCCCAAGGCUGCUGCUCAGUCCCAGAACGUUGCAGAAAUAACGACAAAUUCACCCGGGAAGCUUUACCUUUAAGUCCCGUUUUACACCCAGAGUUAGCAUAAUUUAUUGUUUUGUUUUUAUUUUUUGUCAUUUUACUUGAUUGAUGGAAUAGUCUUAGGUAAUCAUUGCAGUUUGUAAUGGCUUUUGCUAUUGAAUAUAAAAAAUAAAAAAAAAAAUAAGUGAAAUGUUUCUGCUGGAAUUAUGGGUGUGAGCUAGCGUCAUGGAAACGACAGUAUAUUUUAGCUUGAAGUUUAUUACGUUUGAGGCUUGGUGCUAUAGUGGCACUUUAAUCAUUAACUUUCCUUUCAUCGGUGGACUUAAAAGAGGUUUUAGAGUUGAAUUUUAAAAGAAAAAAAUGUAAAUACUAUAAAAAAUCAUUUGCUGUUCAAUUAUUCAUCUGAUUUUAAGAAAUGAUUUAUCGGUAGCGUGGAUUUGAGUGUGUUUUCGGUUAAAGCGAUGCAUGUUAAUGACUUGUAAAAUGCAAAAAAAUAUAAAAUAACAGUUGAUUGUA